GCAUCUGAUGCCUUACUGUUCUAUCGGACAAAAGACAACCGAUCACUCACACCCAAAUGUGUUUAGGGACGCUUUAAAAGCUGUUGAGAUAUUUUUAGGUAUGGCGUUUCCAACCCUCUGCUUAAUUUCAUUAUUCAAUUUGAUCACUAUAAACUACCACUUUUAAGUAAGUAUAAAAAAGUGGUGCAUUCUGACUCUUACAAACGGGUUGUGAAGGCAGCACCAGCCCUCUUUCAUAACAAACCAUGGCUUCCCCGCUGGUCAGAAUAUUCUCAAAGUCCCUCCGACACAUCUCUCGGCCAUGGGGGUCAUGCCAGUCUGGACUGAGGUGCAGGUCCACCAGAUCUGCCCCAGAUGUGGCUUCAGACCAGGGAUCUGGAGUGGUCAGCUUCCCUCCCCUUCAGACAUAUUCAGAAGAGGAGAGUAUGAUGAGAGAAGCAGUGAAGAAAUACGCCCAGGAGCGCAUCGCCCCGUUCGUGUCAAAGAUGGAUGAGAGCUCCGUUAUGGAUGAAGAAGUGAUCCAAUCCCUCUUUGAGCAGGGUCUCAUGGGGAUCGAGAUUGAUCCAGAAUAUGGUGGCACUGGCUCCACAUUUUUCUCCUCUAUUCUGGUGAUUGAAGAGCUGGCAAAGGAGAAAUACCUCAGCAGACUGUCAACAGACAUGAUUGGAAGCUUCUGCCUGUCUGAGGCCGAAUCGGGCAGUGAUGCUUUUGCUUUGAAGACCCGCGCUGAAAAACACAAGGACUAUUACACGAUCAACGGCUCCAAGAUGUGGAUCAGCAAUGCCGAACAUGCCGGUGUUUUCCUGGUGAUGGCAAAUGUGGAUCCCUCUGCUGGAUACAAAGGUAUUACCUGCUUCAUUGUGGACCGGGACACAGAGGGGCUUGAGAUCUGCAAGAAGGAAAAUAAGCUGGGCUUGCGUGCGUCCUCCACCUGCCCGCUCAACUUUGACAAUGUCAAGGUUCCGGAGAAGAACAUUUUGGGAGAGAUCGGUCAUGGGUACAAAUAUGCCAUCGGGAUGCUGAACGAGGGCCGGAUCGGAAUAGCAGCGCAGAUGGUCGGGCUGGCACAGGGCUGCUUCGAUCAAACGAUUCCUUACACCAGGCAGAGGGUGCAGUUUGGAAAGCGUAUCUUUGAUUUCCAGGGCAUGCAGCACCAAAUAGCCCACGUAGCUACGCAGAUCGAAGCCGGCCGUCUGCUCACGUACAACGCAGCUCGUCUGAAGGAAGCCGGCAGACCUUUUAUUAAGGAGGCCUGCAUGGCUAAGUACUUCACUGCCGAGGUUGCAAGCCUAACCACAUCAAAAUGCAUCGAAUGGAUGGGAGGGGUCGGCUUCACCAAAGAUUACCCCAUAGAGAAAUACUACAGAGACUGUAAAAUUGGUACCAUUUACGAGGGAACAACAAAUGUCCAGCUGUCCACUAUGGCCAAGUUCAUUGAUAAGGAAUAUGACUACUGAGGCCAUCCGACCCCCCAGCUGAUGGAUUCCACUUUGCUGUGUUACACUCCAUAUUUUUCCUUUAGGAGAACCAGUCCUGCUUGCACAAUUCUCGUGUGAAGAAUUUUACGGGAACGUGGUUUAUAAAGUAGUUCCCUUCAGAGAUGUUACUGAUAUGUCUAUUUUUCACCUCAUUACAGUUAAAGAUCCCGUUUAGUUUUUUGCAUAAUGUUUGCUGUCCAAUUGCUUAGAAGUCUACGCCACUUUUGUCUCUCCCAUGGGUUAUUAUGACUAUUCAGUGUAAGGAUUGUUGAUCUAUGGUGCAGUAGUAUGAUCAUGAACGUUUGAAGGAUUUCAAUUGGGAUAGUUUUCAGAUCUUUCAGUGCCUUCAAAGUACCUUCUCUUUUUUUGAUAUUUCAAAAGUGAUGUAUUCAUAUGCUCCUCUAUCACAGCAGAAUUGGAACAAUUCACCCACUUAUUUUCUCUGCAUGACUAAUUUUACAUUUUAGAAAGAAAGUCUCUGUAAAGAAGGAUCUGUCAAUAGUAUUCAUAGUCAAAAAUGUUGCAAUACAGAAUCUUUCCUGUUUCUGGAUAUUCCCAGACUGUCUCACUAGAUGGCAGCACUGCCUUGAUUGAGCGUAACACUUAGCAGAAAGGGCAGUCAAUUAUCAGUCUUUUAACAGCCUGUCACCCCUAAUGAUAUUUUAUAUCAAUUUAAUUAUGCCAGUGCUUCAGAUGAAAAGAGUCUGCCUUGCUUAAUUCACUCAUUGAUCAUUUUAUAGUUGAGGCUAAUUAAAUAUCUAUGACCCCCCCUUUUGUGAAAAUAGAAAAUAAAGGUGAUUUAAAAGGCCGCUGUGUCCAAGUGUACAGGUCCAACUGCUUGCCAUGUUCCCUUAUUAAGAACGACACAUUUUCUGCAUGAUCUCAACAAGGCCUCUGUCAAAUGCUGAUGGGUUCAUAAUUACGCUGAUUAACUGCUGGGAAAUGAAAAAAGUGUGAAUCCCAAACAUAGACUCCUGCAACAGUAAUAAAUAACAGUUCGAAACUAAUACACUGUCUGUAGAUAUUUAGAUAUAUGCUAUUUAUAAUUCAAAAUCAAUCUGAAACUGGAAAUAUUCUAGAAAUAUAGAUUGUUAAACUUACUGGUUUAUACCAUAUUUAUCGCCAAUUAUUCACACUUAAGUUACCUAAAAAAAUUAUUUUCUCCACAUUUAGAUAAAAGAAUUACAAAUCUGGAUUUCAUCUCAAAAAGAAAAAAUGCAAUGUGGUAAGAUAUAAGAAUAAUUUUCCUGUAAAUGAAACCAAUCUUAAUUCAAUUACGUGGAGCUUAAAAUGUGAGGAACAAAUUAGUCCUGGGUGUCCACAAACAGCUAAUGCUCAACAGGCCCUGUUAGGAUGUCUGUAAUGUGCGAUGUAACUAGAUAUCGAUCCUCAUCAGACAUCUGGUUAACCUCAAGAUAAUGUUAGGGCUUUAGUCCCAUUAUUGUGGACAGGAAUGACAGGUUGGAAAUGAAGCUUGAGCAGAAAGCUAAAUAGUAUUAAGCCAAUCAGAUCCAAUAUAUUUCUGAAGUCUCUCAACAAAAUUGAGAAGGGAAGCUCAGUUUGCAUGACAGACUGAGAGUACUUUGAGUCCCCCUUUGGACCUCUCUCAGUUGUCUUUUUAAUAAACAUAUUCUGAUGGCAGCACACAGCGAUCAUGCUUUUCACUUUGCCUCAGCAAAAGCAGCUCAUCAAGCCUCUUUCUCCUCCCCCAUCUUUAACACGGCUAUGAGACCUCUAAUUAUGCAAGGAUUCAAGUAGCUUUUCACAAAACACAGUGUUGUCCUUUAGAGUUGGAGAGCGCUCCACGAGCUAAAAGGACAGGAUGUGUGCGUGUAGGUUGAGCAAAUUCAAUUUGUUUGAUUAGUUCUCUGCAUCUGCUUCAAUUUUCAUUUAAAUUGUGAAUCUUAAAUCAAGAUCAUGUCUUUUUGUAAGAUGUUUUGUCCACAUAAGCCUCUUUAAAUGCUAAGUAUUCAAUAUUGAAGCAUGCACCUACAAGUGUAACGUAUUUGCUGAUUUAAAAAGAUGGAUUCUCAGUUGUUUGAAAUAUAAUCUGUCAUUGAAGCCAUGCAUGU